UAAUGUGAGCGAAUCGCGGGAGGCGCUCACACGGCCGGGGAGCCCCGAGUGCCGGACACGGGCAGGAGGCUCCGCGCCCGCCGCCCCCCAAAACUCGGGCAGGAGAAGGAGCAGGAGGCGGAGGAAGAGAAGAAGGCGACGGCAUCGCCGCUCUCAGGGACAGAGAGCAAGAGCUUGUGGGGCACCGUGGAAAUGGCUCUUGUAGAGGACGUGUUCCUGCACACCAACCUCACCUCCAGCAACCAGAGCAGCUGCAAUGUGCACAACCACCACUUCUCAACCAAAGUCACCUUCUCCCUUUUUUAUGUCAUCCUGCUGGUGUUUGGUGCCUGUGGGAAUGUCCUGGCCCUCUGUAUCACCUUCCAGCGCAGGAAGAAGAAACUCAACUCCACCGACCUCUACCUGGUGAACCUGGCCCUCUCUGAUGCCCUCUUCACCCUGGCACUGCCAGGCAGGAUCGCCUACUACGUCCUGGAGUCUGACUGGCCCUUUGGGGACUGGUUCUGCCGGAUCACAGCUUUCAUUUUCUACAUGAACACCUAUGUGAGCAUCUACUUCAUGACCUGUGUGAGCGUGGACCGCUACGUUGCCGUGGUGCGCACCAGGCACCCCGGCAGGAUUCGGAAGAUGAGCCGUGCCAGGGGCAUCUGUGUCCUCAUCUGGUCCUUGGUGUUCCUGCAGACGGCUCCACUGCUCCUGCGGCCCAUGACGCGGAGGAUGGGAGACAAGCUGACGUGCAUGGAGUACUUCAACUUCGAGGAGAUUCCCAAUCUGCCCUACCUGCUCCUGGUGGCCUGCAUGAUUGGUUUCUUCCUGCCUGUGGGCAUCAUCUUGGUGUGCUAUGUGAGGAUCAACCUCAAGCUCUGCCAGACGGCCAAGGAGAACCCGCUGACAGUGAAGAACGGGCACCACCACCGGGCCUUCACUGUCAUCCUGGUGGUGCUACUGGCUGUCCUGCUCUGCUUCAGUCCCUACCACCUCAACAUUGUCCAGUUCAUGGUCAGGAAGAUCCUCUACCAGCCAUCCUGCCAGGAGCAGCAAGCCUUCAAGAUGUCCCUGCAAGUCACUGUGGCAUUCAUGAACCUCAACUGCUGCAUCGACCCCAUCAUCUACUUCUUCGCCUUCCGGGGCUACAAGCGGAGGCUGCUCCGCAUCUUUAGGAACAGUGGCUCCCUGGCCACCUCCUCCACUGCCAAGACCCCCUCGGACAGCAACAGCAACAGCCAGCCGCACGGCUCCAGCUCCGUCUAGCAGCACAAGCCCCUUCCCUUUUGCCCUGGCCUUGACUGGCGGACCAUCCCUGAUGGCAGAAGGUGGAGUCGAGCUGUAGGACCAGCACCUUCAACAGCUCCAUCGCUCCCCUGCCUGGUGCCAGGGGCUCUUGCAAAGCCAACCUGGCAGGGAAAAAGCCCUGCCUGGCUCUGCCUGCCUGGCUCUGUGCUCAGCGCUGCUGCAUCUGCCAGCCUGGAGCACAGAGAGGCACCCUUUCAUCCCAGCCCCAGAGGAGGCAGCUCCUGCAGCUGCUCUGGCUGGCACACCAGCUGGAGGUUCCCCAGCACUGUACUGCACUUCUCUCCCAUGCCUGUCCCUUUCCCCUGUGGGGCUGGAGCGGGUUGGUAGCCACCAUGGGUGUCCCUCUGCCCCAUCCCCUGCACUGCCCCUGCAGCAGCACUAUAGCAGCCUGCCCGCAGGACUCAGGGCAGACAGCAAGGAGAGAUGGACUCAGGGCACUUCAGGGAAAGGCUGGCAUGUUAUUUGAAUGCAGAACAUGGUCUACAGCUCCUUCUCCACACUGACAAACAACAGCUCUGCUCUCUGCCAGCCCAGCACACCACUUCUGCACCUGGGCUCUGUGUGGGGCAAGCAGUAAGUGCUGGACAUGUGGAAGAUGCUGGAAAAGCCCUCUCCCAAGGAAGAGGUGUGAGGAUGUGAAUUUGUAGAGCUCCUGGAUGUGCUGCUGCCUACAUUCAGCAUUCCUCACACCUGACAGCACUGCAGUCACCCUGGGACCCAGUGCUAGGAAGGAGAUCGUGGGGGAUGGCUUGGAUCCCAGCCCAGCUGUAAGGCUGCAAACCUGCCCUGGAUGAACUCAUGGGGCAAACCUUCCCAUUAGUCCUUAAGUUGAAGGGAGUAGAGAAAGAGGGACAAGAGGGUGGCCUUAUGUGACCCUGACUGACCUUGAAUCUGGUGCCCUGAGGACUGUGAGAGCCUUGCUAAGGGAGGUUACUUGUGACUAUUGCCAGAGCAAGAGGAGGAACCCUGGGAACAUCAGGUUACUGCUGAGGUUUGUGCCUCAGCAGUUGGUAAGGAGAUGAGGAGAAAGUUGGCAGGAGCCUCCUCAGCUCUUUGCUGAAAUCACUAGACUAUGAUAAAAAACCCACACGUAGGAUUUCACAGUUCCUGGCAUGUCUAGCCUUUUGUUUGAAGUUGGAAGGGACAGACACACACAGAGACAUGAAAAGGAAAAAAAAACGCUGCUUAUUUUACUGAAAAGUAAACCUGAAAAGGUUUCAUGAGCAGACACUUUUGAUUAACACAAAUCAUUCUUUAAGGUAAUAACCUUUUUAAUGUCUAGAAAGUUAACAACAGUCACAUGCAGCCCUUCAUUGUUUUAAAUGCACAUGAAUGAGCUUUUGGAUGGUGAUAGUUUUACUUAUGGUAUGGAGCUGAAUGCUGCAGGCAUGCUGAAGGCUGACUAAGAGUGAUGCCUAAAAUAACUCAGGUGGGACACAGACUCCAGGAGGUCCUUUCUGGAGGCUAGGCCCUCCUUAAAGCAGGUUUAACCUCAAUGUUGACCUGCAGAGAGCCUUUGUCCUGAAAAGCAUGUUACAAUGGACAAGAAAGAGAUGGGAUGCAGUAAUAAGAGGGUAUCAGUGGUCUGAACACCCUUGAAGGAGUCUGGCUAGGCUGGUAGUUGCUGUAUAGUUACAUUGCCCUAUUAACAUGUGUGAGAAGUGAUGGCUGGAAGGGAAUUCUGUGUCACCUCAUCCAACAGCCAGAGCAGGACUGUGGUUGGCACAACAUCAGGCCUGACAUGACUUCAUCCAGACAAGGCUUGGAAACUCCAGGCAAGGAGGGUCCCCUUGCUGAGGUGACAGUUCCCGCUCUGCAUUGUCCUCUGGAUAAAAGCAUUUUCUCCACCAUCGUGUCUGAACCUUCCCAUCCACAGCUGGUGGCUGUUGCCCCUAACAUCACCCACUCGUGCUAUGAAGAGCUCGGCUCUGCUAUCAUUGUAACUCAAAUUCCACAGGGGGAAUUUGUGUUGGGGGCUGACAGUGGUUCGUAGCUAUUGGUUUUUAUGUGAACACCAAAGUGGGGAUCUGCAGCAGUGGCCAACCCUCCUACUCAAGAUCAAGACAUUGAGAUGUUUUGCUAAGCUGCAGCCCACAGCUGAGAAAAAGCCAAUCCAUGACCAAGCAUUCUUAGGAAAAGAUGGAAUAUAAACAUAACCUGGUUUGCUCCUUAUUGGACUCUGUUUUUCUCAGAAGUACUUUAUUGAGAAGGGUACCUCCACCUCUUGCCACCUUAGGAGCUCCACCAGUAGGAGCCUUUGGAGUAGGAAAUAGCUGAAAAGUUGGGUGUAGUGGUACAAAAUGCAGGAGGGAUCUGGCCUUCCUCCUCUGGAUGGACACCAGCCUGGGCUACUUUGCUUUUGGAAGUACCAAUACAGAGACAGCAGGCAAUUAGCUGGAGCUGAGGGAACAUCAAUGAGAUGGAGAAGGAAGGGACUUGGACAGCGUGGGUCAAGAGGAAUAUGGGGAAAUGAGAACUCCAAAGAACCCGUUAUUGCUCAGACUAGCUUGCCCACCAGCAGGUCCUCCCUGUCUGCUUGAAAAAGGAGCAUUUCCCUAAAAUUGAAGAGAAACCAUACACAGCAUUUUAUCUAGAGGCACAGCAACAUUUCCCUACACUUCACUGUUCACCUGUCAGGUCCAAGCUCCUCGGGUGAUUCUUGCUGGCCCAGCAGCUACUGCCCACUGCCACGCUUCGAGCCACCAGCGGUCCCUUGGAAUCACAGAAACACAGAACAGUUUAGGUUGGAAAGGACCUCGAAGAUCCUUGAGACCGGCCACGAACCAAGGCCUCCCCUAACCCAUAUCCCCAAGUGCAGCAAAGAUUCCUGCAUGUCUUUGGAGCAGCUCUGCACCGCUGGCCCCCGGCUCCCCGGGGUGCAGCCCCGCAGUGCCCGGCCGGGGGUACCCGUGGCCGGGCGAGAGGGACAGCGCCGGUUCCCGCCGAAAGGGGGAGUCGGAACCUUUGCUCGGUGCUGAAAAAACGCCCACGAAAGUGAGGACGAUGCCAGAUGGGGCUGGUGCUUCCCCCACGCGUCUGCUGCCACGUCGGAAUGUGCGCCUCUCGUAAGCCGGGGGGUUGUGGCGUGUGGGGGAAGCACACGACUGCACAGUGGGAUCGACGGCGUGCAGAGAGCUGUCACUGCACAGUAUGCAGGUAAUUCUUGCUUUUCUGCAGCCUGUUGCUGCUGUGCUGUCUUCUAAGAGAACACUCUGCUUUUAUCUGAGGGCAGAGAGUACACUUUGUGGACACACAAUAGUUAAUACAUGCACAGAUACAGGAUAUACUGUCUGCACCAGAAGAAUAUCCUGGGCUGCAUCAAAAGCAGCAUGACCAGCAGGUCAAGGGAGAUGAUUUUGUCCCUAUAUUCAGCUUUAAUGAGAUCCCACCUGGAAUUUGGGGUCCCCAGCACGGGAACAACAUGGUUGUGUUGGAGCAAGAUGUGGGCCACCAAGACAAUCCAGGUUGUGGAGCACCUCUCCUUUGAAGACAGGAUGAGGGACUUGGGGUUGUUCAGCCUGGAGAAGGACCCAGGGACACCUUAGAUCACUGAAAAGCUAAGUACUUAAAGCCCCCAAGGCAGCUGGAGAGGGACUUUUGACAAGAGCCUGUAGUGACAGGACAAAGGGGAAUGUCUUCAAAGUGAAAGAGAGCAGGUUUAGAUGAGGUAUUAGAACAAAGUUCUUUACAUGGAGGUGGUGAGACACUGCAACAGGCUGCCCAGAGAAGCUGAAGCUUUGAGCAACCUGGUCUAGUGAAAGGUGUCCCUGCCCAUGGCAGGGGGUCUGGGCAGAGCUCAAACAGAACAGCUUUUUUUCCCUCAGCAGUGGUUCCCAACUUCCACACCUCUUCAGUCUGUGCUCCAAAUUGUCCUGAACUGAACAUAUUGCAUGUCAUACAUAACAUUUGUAAGCCAGUAAAAUAUUGUAAUGUACUAAUGCACAUAUCUUCUAGAAAUAAAAGCUUCUCAUGGCCAAGUAACAAUGGCCUAGUGUGAUUGAUCAGGCCAGGAGAUGUGGGCAACUGUUUCCUCCUCAGAGGUGUACCUGUGCCUCUGCCCCCUCCCAAGAAAAUGACCAGAAGCAGUGAGGGGCAAGCACAAGCUCUCAAUCCACUUCCCUUACACAGGUGGUGUGCUCUCAUGGAACAGGGAAUUAGAAAUGACCUUCCAUGGGAAAAGCUGCAGGACCUGCGAGGAGCUGUGUCCUUUCUGGAGGAGGUCUCUCCACGGCUGGGACGGAGAGGUGCCAGGAGAAGUCAGGUUGGCAGGACUAACUGCUUUGGAAGCCAGAAGCAUCUGCAUUCUCAUAUACAAGUGGCUCCAGGGUUUGCUGUACUGCCUAGCUGCUGGGAUUGCACUGCUCUCUCGCUUGCCACAUGUACCACCUCCUGUACCUGACCAAAUAAAAUGUGAGGAUUGCCCUAUCAGACACCCCUAAAAAAAACCCCGAGUGGAUUGUCAGUACAAGAUUAGCCAUAACCUUGCACAUUUUCAUUUUCCACAGGAAAUCUUGCAAAUCCUUUAAAAAUUUAACUUAGUGCAAUGCAACACUGUCUCCCUCUCUCUCAGCAGGCCUUCUCUUUCUGUCCUCAGUUCUACUUUGCUCCUCUUUCCUAAACUCUCUGUGUUUGCUCAGCUCCAUUUGGUCAUCUCUCUCAAGUCCUUUCCUUUGCUAAUCUUACAUGACACUUAUGGUCCCUACCUAUCCUCAGUCAAUAGGUCAGAUCCUGCUUUUAGUUUAGCCAUGAUUCUGGAAAUUUUCACCUGUUUUUAAAGUAUGUAUAUUCCUGCUUUCUCCACUGCAACCAUUCAGGUUUAGAAACAGCCCCCUAAAAACAGGUAUGAGCCAAACUAACUUCUCUUUCCUCUUAAAACUCUCCCUUGGAAAACAAAUGAUGACAGCUGCACUACCAAUGUGUUCAGAUUCCAACAGUCACACCCAUUUGUCUGGUUGUAACAUUCCUUUGCUCCCACCACUGGUGUCUCACCUCAUAUUUGCACCAAACACUGUUGGAAGCACACACCCUCUUCAAGUUUCAGAGUGGACUUUCUGUGGUGAAAGAAUCCCUUUACAUAUGCAAACAGAAGGAAUGUAGUCCUACUAAAAAUUAAACUAGUAUUUUUUAAGUAAAUGCACACACAUUUUAAAUAUAUAUAUAUAUAUAAAUAUAAAUAAAUAUGCCUGCAUGUGUGCAUAUAUAUAUAAACACAUAUAGCGUGUGUGCGUUCAUGUGACUCUAGUCUCUAGUAAAACAUUUGUUCAAAACAUGCUCAUUUAUAUAAAAUACUUAUUAUUGUGGCCACACAGUAAAAGAAAGCUAAUCUCAUGUAGGUUUUUCUUGUGGAGGAAUACACACAAAUUUAAUUGCAUUUUUGUAUCAAAUCCCUCUAUUAGUUCAAAUGAAUGCUGUGCAUUUAUUUAUCCUCAAACAGAUGUGGUUCUCUCAUAGCAUGGGAGUUGUAGUUCGGAGUGUUUCCAAA